GACCUCAUCUUAUAAUUUCUCUCAGUCCAAUUCUUUUUCACACACAUAGAUCUCUUCUUGCUAGUUUUGCUUGUUCUUUAAGCAUGACCAGCGUUUGCGCGGAGCAGCAUAAGUUCCACGCCUCCCACCAACUCUUCUCCUCCAAGAGGACGCUCGACAUCCCCCCCAGGAAGCUCCUCAGCCGCCGGGCUGCCUCUUCCGCCGCGCAGCACCAGCCGGCGCCACUGUCGGCUCUCGACAGCGGCCCGGACGUGUUGUCCGACUACUUGCCGCGCAUCCCUGAGGCCCCGCUGCAGAAGUUCCUGCCGUUCAACCACGGCGGCGAGGACUCGGACUCCGACGCCGACCCUUACUCGUCGGACCACUUCCGCAUGUUCGAGUUCAAGGUGAGGCGGUGCACCCGGAGCCGCAGCCACGACUGGACAGACUGCCCUUUUGCUCAUCCUGGAGAGAAGGCCCGCCGCAGGGACCCGCGGAAGUACCACUACUCAGGGACCGUCUGUGCCGAGUACCGCCGCGGGUCGUGCAGCCGCGGCGAUAACUGCGAGUUCGCGCAUGGCGUCUUUGAGUGCUGGCUGCACCCCUCAAAGUAUAGGACUGAGGCAUGCAAAGAUGGCAAGAACUGCAAGAGGAAGGUCUGCUUCUUCGCUCACAGCGCUCGUCAGCUUCGCCUCUUGCCCGGGCAAUCCGAGCCCGACUCUCCACAAGAGAUCAACCCCGACAAAUCCCAAUUCGGAAGCUCGGUCCCUUCGUCUUCGCUGCCUCGCUGCUGCCUGUUCUGCCACUCAGUCACUGCCUCCUCCUCGCCGACCUCGACCUUGCUCGGCAUGUCCCACCUGUCGCCGCCGCUGUCGCCAUCCCAGUCCCUGUCGCCACCCCUAUCGCCCCUCAAGGGCCGGUCCCUGGGCGGGUUCUCGCCGAUCUCGCGGUACUCCGACCGGUUGGAGCCGAGCUGCCUGAGCCAGGGCAUGAGCUACAAGGAUGUCCUGAACGAGAUCCUGACUUCGCUGGACAUGAUGAAGAUGAGCAGCGAAGUCUCGCCACCGCACCCAUCGACCUUAUCAUCGCUCAAGAACCGGACAACCACGCCUUGGGUUGAUGUCACGAGCGGCGCGAAUGAGGAGCAGACCCAGUUCAUUCUUUCGCCUUCAGGCCCGAAUCCGCCUCAAGUGGCUAGGAAUUUCUUCGGUGGCGAUUGCUUGAGCAACAGAGGAGGAUUGUUUGGUGACAAGGUUAGCGAGGGCAAUUCUUGUGAUGAUCCUGACAUUGGGUGGGUGAACGAGCUCCUGAUGUAGCUGAGAGGGUGAAUUGGAUCCCCGGAUGAUGAUGAUGAUGAUGAUGACUGAGGAUGGCAUUUUGGAAGAAGGUAACAGCCAAAGCUGUACAAAUUGGGCGGUUGGCACUUGGUACAGAGCAGAGACUAAUGAA